GACUAGCCAGCUGUUGCCACUGUAGCUGUAGACAAACAUAUCAUACCGCUCUGUCUGAGACCCAUGACAGCUGGGUCUGGUACGCUCCUAGUUGUGCAUUGUGUGCCUCUUGAAAUUGAAGUUCUUCCGAAAAGUGGAGUAUGGCACUAGUUUUCAGAUGCAUUCGUCACAUAACGGUUGUCUUCUCAAGGCCACAAAAUCAGAAAAAUUUGGGAUCGAUCUGCAAGGUCUUAGUGCCAUGCCUUUCAUUCCAAAACAUCUCCACCUCUGUGGAGACCAUAAACACCAACCUUCAACUGAGACGAACAGAAAAACCAUCUCCGUUCUUUGGAGAGCAUGAAGUGUCGACAGUGAGCAGCGUCAAGGCUGGCUGCAAUCCGGCGGCAGGAAUACCAGUGGGGAGUCCCAUACUGAACCACGGAGGAAACCCCCAGAAGGACGUCGGCACGGGGCGUCAGCACCCACUGGCCGUCAUCCUUGCCUGGAUGUCUGCCAAGGAGGCACAUCUCAACCACUACCAUGACUUUUACCUCGACCUGGGCUUUGACGUGUUGACCGUUCGCACUCACCCCACUCAGUUGAUGCUGCCAAAGUCAGGGGCCCAGGUAGUGGCACAGAUGGUGCUCGACUUCCUGGUGGACAACCCAGACUACAAGAAACUAGCGUUGCACGCUUUCUCCGUGGGUGGUUAUCAGAUGGGAGAAAUCUUGGUCCGUGUCCAACGUACUGGAAAGCGCUACGCGGACGUUCUACCACGAAUACGCGCACAGGUAUAUGAUAGCCUCGUAGACUAUGGUGGCAUUCCAGCUGGCUUCCCUACGGCCCUCACCAAGAGCCGGUUCCUGCGUAAAGUGCUUGAAAUCUUGCUGCAUGUCCACGGAGUGGUCAUGUACCCAUGGGCCACCAUACACUACAAGGCGUCCUCUAAGGCAUUCCAUAACAAUUCAGUCAUGUGCCCUGCACUGAUGAUUAACUCCAAGACGGACUCGGUAAGUUGUCUCCAGACUUGUCUCCAGGUGGCAGACAGGUGGAGGGAGAAGGGCAUCGACGUCACCUUCUGUACCUUCGACGACUCAAAGCAUGUCCAGCACAUGGGCACGUACCCCGAAGAGUACGCCAACGAAGUAUUGCGUCUACUCCAGAAGGCAAAGCUGCUGCCUGCCUAGGAAAGCCAUUUUGAAGCUUUCAGGUCUACAAGGACGUGAUUGGAUUGAAACAGAGUUUGCAUUCGCGUGUGUUGUGACAUAAAAACUGUAUCCAAGUGUUGACUUUUUUUUUUUUUUCUCAAGCCAUAAAGUUUGUCAUGAAAGCCAA